AUGAAGCAGUCUUUAACUUUAGCAAGUAAAAUGGCUUAGAAUUCAGUUAAGCAAACACCAAGAGAGCUAUUUGCUAUAGCCCCAAUGGUAGACAUUAGUGAUAGAUUUUUCAGAUAUUUUAUGAGGUAUCUUACUCCUAAUGCAUUCCUUUAUACUGAAAUGCUGAAUGAGCACGCUAUUAUUCAUAAAAAAGACAGAUAUUCUCUUCUUUCUUUUUCAGAUAAUUAGCAUCCAGUAGUGUGCUAGAUAGGUGGAAACAACCCUGAGAAGAUGGCAACAGCCGCUAAGAUCGUAGAAGAAUAUGGUUAUGAUGAAGUAAAUAUCAAUUGUGGCUGUCCUAGUAGUAAGACAAGAGAUGGAUGCUUUGGAGCAGUUCUUAUGUUUGAUGCUAAACUUGUAGCAGAAAUGACUCGAACUAUGAUGAAAGCUGUGAACAUACCUGUGACUGUGAAGUGCAGACUAGGUGUAGAUAACUUGGAUAAAUACGAAGAUGUGCAUAACUUUAUUAGAAUAGUUAGCCAUGAAGGAGGUGUUUAAAAGUUUAUAAUUCAUGCCAGGAAGUGCCUUUUAAACGGGUUAAGUCCGCAUGAAAAUAGGACAGUGCCAGAGCUAAAAUAUGAUUGGGUAUUUAGAUUGAAAUAAGAUUUUCCUGAUUUGAGAUUUGUGAUUAACGGAGGAUUCACUGAUCCAGCAAAGAUUUCUGACAUCCUAAAUGAAGAUAAUGGAUUAGAAGGGUGUAUGGUUGGAAGACUAGCUUAUAACUUCCCAUGGAAUCUUGCCGCGAUUGAUAGAUAACUUUUCAAGCAUGAUAAAGAUACUUUGACAAGAGAACAGAUAAUAUUAUCCUAUGCAGAAUUCGCUUAGAAGGAGCAAGAAACAGGAUUAGAUCGAGGAGAGAGGAUACCAAAUUCACUCUUAGUAAAACCUGUGAUAAACAUAUUUAGUGGAGAAUAUGAAGGUGGCAAGUUUAGGAAAUUCUUAAGUGAAUUAGCAAUUGAUAAAGGAUAUAAAGGGCAGGUUGAAAGAGUAUUGAGAGAAAGCAUAGAAUACUAUAAAAAUAUAAACCCAGAGGGGGUUCAGACAAAGAAUGGAGAAAAGAUAAUAAGACCUAUUUGGCAAUUGCAGGGCUACGCAAAACAUAAGUAAGCAAUCAUCGAUAAUCAAGAAUGA